UAACAACACGCCAGAUGCUAAUAAGCCAUUACGCGAUCGCAAACCCAUCGUUAUCCAUUGAAGAUAAGAUCCCAGCUCCCAAUUCGUAUACAUUACGUGUAAUCCACCAAAUCUUCCCUUUCAUUUCACACCCUCCUCCUCCUCCCAUAUUUAUCUCAAUCCCGAUUCCCCCUUUUGCUCCCUUUUUGUUUUCUCGCUAUCCAAACAGAAAUUCGAGUUAAAAGUGAACAAGAACUUUCUGGGUUACAACCAAAAAGGGUAUUUUUAGUUCAAUCUUCCAUUUGGGUUUUCACCGUUUGGUGUUUAUGUGCUGUGGCUUGAAUGAUUUCGUCAAGAAACAAACAAAGUUUUCGUUAUCACAUCUAUCCACUUGCUGUUCUUGUUGUUGAUGGGUUUUAGUCUGGCUUUCCAAUCCAAUCAUAGCCCCCCUUUUCUUUGAUUUAUCCAUUGCCCUCGACUCUUUCAACAAAAGCGUUGUUGGGCUUUCUUUUCCUUGAGAGGUUUUUGCGUUUUUGAUCGAAGAACUAUGAUGCAACGACAGCAGCGAGAUGGGGGGGAAUCGAGUGUUUUCUACGAGCUUUCUUCUCUUGUUAUGAACAUUCUCCGAACUCCUCCGUCGUCGAUUCCGUUUUCCGAUCACUCGCCGGUGGUGUCAACCGCAUCAUCGUCGCGACGGACGAUUCCAGCGCAGAUAACUCCGGCGGGGUUUGCGUCGCUACUUUUAGGAAUUUCUCUGGCUCUGAUGCUCUGUGGAUCAGUUACCUUCUUCAUCGGCUUCAUGAUGAUGCCUUGGGUUAUUGGAUUGGUUAUGUUUUUCUAUGUCGCCGCGGUGGUUUCAUGUCUCUCCAUGAUUGGACGCUCGAUUAUCUGCUACGCCACGGCUCCGCCUAGAAAGGAUAUUCCAGGACCACGCUCACUUAUUCUGCUAAGCCAUGGCCCACCAUUGGACUAACUUUGAGAAAGAAGUAGGCUUUAAACUAGGACUUGAACCUAAAACUUUGGAGGCUUUUCCCAAACUUUCCCAAUCAUGUACUAUUAGACCCACCAAACUUGUCAAGCCAUUGGCUGAGCAUUUGAAAAUCCGAAAACGAAAAGGUCGUUGUGAGAAAUGAGAAUGCCCAACUCUAAUUGCUUUGUUGGGGUUAAUUUUCUUUUUCAUUCACCCUCCACAACUUGCACAUGGGGAUCCAUUAAUAUGCUAGAGCUUUGUAUGCUUUGCAACUUCAAAUGAAGGUUGGAUCAUUAUGAAGAAUGGCUUGUAAGGGAUCCGAAGAUGGUAGUAUCAAAAUCCAUGGACAUGUAGAUACUAGAAUCUUCAGGAAAUGUCAACAUCAAUACUAAAAGAAAAAAUGAAGAUAGCUCCUCUUUGGUGUAUAAUUCAGAAUUUUGGGAUAUGUAUUUUGUUCCUACUCCAAAAUGGAGACCGAUUUUUUCAUCUUUGUUUGUGACCUCGUGUGCUGUUUGUAGCUUUUCAUAGUUUCAUUCAAAUGUCUUGCAAAUGAAAAUGGAAAACUCAGAAGUUUUAAACAUAAAUGACUUCAACCAAGGACUCGUUUACUUCUAAAUAAUUUCAUGCGCAAUCUUGGGUGUCAAAGAAUAACAGAUAUGGCUGUUUUCUGAAAAAGCCGUCUGUUAGAAAGUGUUGCCUGAAGUAAAAGCUUCAAUUUUAAUUCAAUGCUUUAUUUCCGAACGUAAUUGUUAAUUAGUUUAGCAUUUGUAGAGUCAUGUAGGACUAGCCUUGAUUACCUUUUUCCUAUCCAUACAAUGCUGUUCAAUCAGCAACCAGUUCAUCCAUCGUUCUCAUUUCUUGUUUGCUACGAAUUUAGAAUUUCUUAACUCAAAUUUCCCAUCUACUUUGUGGCUGCAGCUUGGAAACUAAUGUGAAGAGGUACAUGAUGAUGGAAAAUGGAAAUAAAAAAAAUGUUGUUUACGUGGCAGUGGGCAGCUCUAUUUCCUUGGUGCUGCCUUGCUGGGUGGCUUUCUUCUAAACUCGACGAGGAAGAAGUGUUUGUUAAUAUUAUAUUUUCAUACCAUACUGGAUCCUGUUGAUAUUGUUUCUGUUAAUUUGAAAGGAGCAAAAUGUUGGAAGGUUUAAGAAUAUGAUAAGGAAAUGCAAGAUGUGGGGGACUUAAUUCCAUUUCAUUUCCUCCUCUUACCCUUAGGCCAUCAUCCAUACCUUUUGAGGUAAAUCUGUAUUGAUUAUAGAAGAAAAUUAGCUGUUAGGUUCUCAAAUAUGAAUUCAAGAACUAUGUUCCCCUCCCCCAUAUUGUCUUUUCCUUCUCAAUAUCUUCUUCAAAAACAUUACUGAAUACUCUAAUAUCUCGAGCCUUGCCCUGCUUGGUUCAAGGUUCGUGUUGUUUUCGCCGUAGAGCGGUCUGGGUCCUGAGAUGAAAAAACUUUAGAGAAGAGAUGUUACGUUUCUCUUCUUUAAUAGAAAUAGAGUUGUGAACAUUCUAUCAUUUGAAGAUGAGAGAGUUACUUAUAAUGGGUAAAAUCAUAUUAUUGUAGCUGUUUCCUUAAACUAUAGUUUGGGUUUGUAUAUUUUGUAUAUUAUAGUGGUAAAAUGGACAACUAGUCUCAGAAUUGAUUCUGCUUCAGCUUU